AUGAGCAAAGCGCCCUACGAACACUACGCUCACGACCAUGUGAUUCUCAUGCUCGAUACACCUGAGUUCGAGAACCUACCGACCUGGCUGACGGACAACUUCAACAUCAUCGAAGGAGGAACGCACGCAGGCGGCUCAACACGCAACAAGCUGAUCAUCUUCGCGGACGGGACAUACAUCGAGCUGCUGAACUGGAUCGCCAAGCCAGUGGAAUUCUUCGACUGGGCGGGCAAAGCACCCGGUUUGAUCGACUUCGCGUUGACGUCGACGCAGUCGGCACACGAGGUGUUCGAUGCGGUAAUGAAGCGGCUAGAAUCGUCCUCUUCGUCCUCUUCCUUUGGAGACGGCGGCCUCGGCGUGCGCUUCAAGGACCCGCUCAACGGCGGGCGCAAGCGAAAAGACGGGAAGCAAGUCGAAUGGUACGUGACGAAGCCACGCUUCGACAGCGACGAUGACGGCGCCCCGAAUGUGCCGAGACCGCAGGAAUCGUAUUUUCCAAUGGGAAGGCUUGACACGCCGUUCUUCUGCCACGACGUCACGGACCGCGCGCUACGUGUGCCGUACCUGGAGCCGGGAAUUGCAGACCACCCUUCUGGAGCGAAGGGGAUCCUAAGCGUUGAGGUCGUCGUGCCCCAGAAUAAGCUGGAGAGUUACGCGAAGCUUUACGCGAGCGCCACGGGCUCGGAACCCGAGGCCGCAAAGAAUGACGCCACGACAGCAGUUCGCUUGCGUCUGGCUUCACCUGACCCAGAGGCUUUGAAAGAAGUCCAGGAUCGUGUAGGCAUUGAUCUUCGAAUGCCCGCGGAUGAGGCUGAUGAGCAAUGGAUCCGAGAGCGUGGAGUGGGCAUCAGAGCAUUGAAGAUCUACGUACCUGGCCUGAGCAAGGACAGGCCCCUCGAUGGUACGGGCAUUGGGAGUAGUGUUGUUCUGGUCAGUUAG